AAUCACUUCGACAGUCAGCUGAACGAAACAUUCAGAAUCAGGGCGCCCAGCUCUCCUCUCGAGAGCUCAUUUCUCAAACGUUUAAUUUGUGCCCACUUGCGCCAGCUUCUUCUUAAAUUCAAAGUCAAUGUUAUGCUGUGGCCCUGGGAUUGCAACGCGGCUCUGGACGGGGACAUCUGCCUGAGGGAGGACUCGGAUGGUGGUCGUGACACUGCGUUGACAAGAGUUUUUGAUCCUCUGGGCAGAUGGCUGGUGGCCUUGAGACAUUCGCGGUCCACAAUGCAAGUGAAGAGGUCAUGCUCUUGUGGAGUUUCCGUGAUCCUUCCAGAGCCAAGCAUUACGCAUUCGUCAGUCAGAAGUCCCGGCACUUGGAUGCGGAAGUCUGCGGCCGAAACCUCCGCCUUGUGCAAUCGCAGAUGCAGUCUACGGUGACCGGGUCCGUUGUAUGGGACAGCGCCCUCGUACUGGCCAAGUUUCUGGAGUACGCUGCAGAUCAAGGCUGGCUUGACUUCCGCGCCAAGUCAUGUGUUGAGCUUGGCGCAGGCUGCGGCUUGGUCGGCCUUACGGUAGCUUUCCUGGGUGCCGCCCGCGUGAUCCUGACAGACAUGCCGGACAGGUUGCGGCUACUCCGACAAAACGUGGAGGACAACUACGUCGCGCCCAAGGGCAGCCCGGCAAGCUUAGAGGUCGUGGAGCUGUUGUGGAGCACGGAACCGACGGCGGCACUGCUGGACCCACGGCCCGACUGGAUUGUGGCGUCAGACGUCGUGUACGACGACGAGACAUUCGCCGAUCUUUUGACGACCCUGAAGGAGCUAAGUACCAGCGAGACCACCAUAAUCAUUGCAGUUGAGCUUCGGAUAGAUUCUGUGAUAGAGUCGUUCCUCGAGGCUGCCUUGAGUCACUUUUCAAUCAGCAGGGUGGCUGACAAAAGCUUGCAUCCAGAGUACAAGAGCCAACGAGUAGUCGUCUAUUUGUUGAGAAGAAAAGAGAAGCCUGUUGGAGGUGAUGGUCGCUAAGCAGUAUACAGGAUCGUUAAAAGGGCCAAUUUGAAGUUCGUGUUUGCUAGCGGCCCGAUAGUUGUAACCAAUGACCGAACAAUCUGUAUAUGUUCUUCCAUGCAACGUUUGUUUGACUCAAUGCGCA